AUGAAAGAUUUUCAUCAAGUUUCUGGUAAUUUCGAUCCGCACAAAUUGCCGUUUAUGUCAUCAAUUUAUCCAACGAUUGUGAUCAUUUGUUUGUACUUCUUAUCACUGAGACUGGGACAAGGAUUAAUGAAGCAUCGUCGACCAUUCCAAUUAAAAGCUUUUCUUGUUGUUUACAACAUUUUACAAGUGUUGGCUUGUCUCUACUUUUUGAUCAAUGUCUUUCGCACUGGUUUCAAAUGGAACUAUCUUUGGACAUGUCAUAUGACGGGCUAUGAGAAUCUUAAUCAUGUUAAGCUUCUCUACUUCACUUACAUUCUUAAGGGUACCGAGUUAAUUGAAACAAUUCUUUUUAUUUUGCGAAAAAAGUUUGGACAAAUGUCUUUUCUACACAUUUACCAUCACGUAUCGACAUUUGUUUUUGCUUAUAUCGGCGUGACAAGAGUUGGAAAUGGAAUGCUUUUGACACCGUACACACUCAAUAUGAUUGUUCAUGCUGUCAUGUAUUCGUAUUAUCUUGCAUCGAUAUUCAUUAGUGACUUCGACAAGAUCAUUAGCGUUAAGAAGUCAAUCACAAUCAUGCAAAUGGUGCAAUUUAUACUCAUUCUCUUCAAUACUGUACGAGCGUAUCAAACAGAAUGUGGAAUCGAAACAAUUUUCGUCAUCAUUUUCAUUCCCAAUGUUUUGAUAAUAUUUUAUGAGUUUUUUAAGUUUUACACGAAAACGUACUCAAAAAGUGGCAAGAAGAAGGCGAAACAAGUUAACAAGAAGAAAUCUUAUUAAAUAUUUUAAUGACUACGCAAUGAGAGAUGCAAAAUUAUCUUUUUUAUCUGGAAAUCUAAUUAAGUUCUCGUUACGAAUUUAUGUUAUUAAUAAAACUCAAUUAGAAAGCCAA